AUGUUCGGGUUUGGUCGAAUUUUAGGCAAUUUUGGUGCAUUCAGCCACAUGGUGUUUAAUCCUAAAAAUGUCAAUUUCGGUAAGUCUUUAAGCAAUGACACCAAAAUGGAAUCAGGAACUGGCGAAUCGUACAAAACUGUUGUUAAGGAACCAGCUUGUGACUUUAGAAAGUUGAUCAUUACUUCUUCUUCGUGUGGCAGAAUCGCUGCCUUUAAAAGAUCGUUACUUUUAACGCCUAGAACAACAGAUUUGACAAUAGUUUUACCCGGUAGAUACGUUCAUAUUGGAUUGAAGUUUGGACUUGAAGGCACAUUACGGAAUCGAAAUUUUACAAGCCCACAAAUAGAACUUAAUGUUUUUGUAGAUGGAGUAAAUUUUUUUACCGAUUCUAAAGAAAAAUGCUUCUGGACAGUUUUAGCAGACAUAAAUUCAGUACAAAAUUCAAUAAUCCCAGUUGGUUUAUAUCAUGGGGAGUCUAAACCUGAAAACUUUGACGAUCUUUUAAGGCCAUUCGUAGAGGAGGCACAGUUUUUAAUCGAAUUCGGAGUCGAAAUAGAUGGCAUAAAAAGGAAAAUUAGCAUUAAAAACUUUUUAUUAGAUGCUCCAGCGAGAUCAGCAGUUUGUGGUACAAAAGCACAUAAUGCUUAUGAGUCAUGUCCCAAAUGUUUAUGUAAAGGUAGUUUUGAAAAUAGAAGAAUGAUUUUUGAACAUACAGAUUCUCUUAAGAGAUCAGAUGAAAGUUUUUCUAAUAGAGAUCAACCUGAUUUUCACCAUAGAAGUACAAUUGUUGAAGAAAAGUUACAUCUGAAAAUGAUAAGCCAGUUCCCUUUAGACUUUCUCCAUGUUGUCCUUCAUGGAUGUGUAAAAAGAUUAUUAAAUUCAUUGCUAGGAAAUAAAAAACCUAAGUUUCCACAUUCACGUGAGAAAAUAUCUAAAAUUCUUAAACUCAUUGAAACCACUACACCUAGCGAAAUUCAUAGACCAUGUCGAGAUAUACAUGAUAUUUUGAGCUAUAAAGGACAUGAAUUGAGAGUUUUUCUAUUAAAAAUAGCACCACUUGUUCUAAAAAAUAGUAUUCCACUGGAUUAUUAUCAACACUUUAUGUUACUAACAUGCUCCUUUACGAUUCUUUGUGAUCCAGAUUUUUGUAUUAAACUUAAUAGAACUGCACACAACAUGCUUAUUGCAUUUAUAGAGAACAUUAAUAUUUUAUACGAAGAAAGAUUGUGUGUCCCGAUGGUUCACCAAACUAUGCAUAUGGCUGACGAAGUCCUUACUCAAAAUGCUCCUUGUGACAAUUUUUGUACUUGGAGAUUCGAAAGUUAUUUAACUCCGUUAAAAGAUUUUAUUCACUCAAAAAAUAAGCCACUUUCCCAAAUUUAUAAAAGAGUUUAUGAAUUUUUCGCAUGCCCAAUUGAUGACAAAAAAAAAGUAGACAAAUCAGGAACUAAUUUCGUCUACUUUCAAAAUGAUCAUUUUGUAAUGCAUAAUGAAGGAUAUCAUGUUGUGAAAAACAAUAUUAACGCUUACUAUAUAGUUUGCUGCAAAUGGAUGGCAAAAUUUAAAGAUGAUCCAAACAGUUUUACAUAUUAUCCACCAUCUGCUACACAUUAUCAAAGUCUAAAGAAACAAGUUGAAGCAGCUCCUGAUUGGGAUUUCGAACAAGUGAAAAUAAUGCUCGCUAAUGUUCAAAACUUGGCUGAAGCAAAUAGAUAUAUUACAGUACAUACAAAGCACAUUGAUUCAGAGGCGUCUGAGAAUGAGGAAAGAAUGAAAUCGUAUAAGAGAAAGCAUCCAGUUGCUGGCAUCUUGAAUUUGGAUUUCAAUAAUAUGAUAACUCAAGAAUUCAAUUUAAGUCACAACAAAAAGUUGAAAACGCUUGCUCCAAUUCACGAAGAAGGUAGCAUGGAAAGCGACGACGAGGGAAACAGUGCCAUGAUCAAAGACUCUAAGACUACAAAAGAAUCAGUAAGCUAUAAUUAUUCAUUUAAUGAAGACAACAGUAGCAAAAGCAAUCACGUGGAAAUAGAACAACUUCAAGACGUUCAAAUUGAGCAGAUGGUAAAUUUACAAGAAUUUAUGGAGCUUAAGAAUGAUAUACGUCAGAUAAAGGAAAAUCAAGCUUUAAUGAUGGAAAGGCAGAAUUCCUUUUUUUUAUCUGUGAAAAGUGAUUUCCAGUUUUUGACCGAAAAAGUUGCACGCAUUGCUAGUGGAUCAGUGACUGUUGAAAAUUCACCUAGGCCGAAACCAAUCACUAAUAAAAAUGAACUAAUCAAAAUGGAAAGCAAUAUGAUUACAAUGACAGAAGAAUUUUUCAUUGAAUAUCAAAAGAUUGUGGCAUGGUUCGCUAUUAACAUUUCCAAGCCAAAUAAUGGUUUUGGAAAACAAAAUGGGCUUGUUGCUGGUCUGUUAAAAGUUUAUUUCGACGCUGAAUUUGUAAGAAAAAUUGGUUGGACCAGCAUUAAAGGCAGGAUUCCGUUUGAAGACUACAAAGGGCAUCAUAAAUUUGCACUUGAUGUUUGCAACAAAAAUACACCGGGGUUAUUCAGUAACGUAGAUGAGUCUGGAGAGGCAUGCCAUGAAUUUUUCAAGCGUUUGCACGAGACUAAGAGGCCUGGGAAGAAAGGUACAUCAGCAGUAAUGGAAGAAGUCGAAGUUAAUUCUUAAAUAAAUCGUUUCCUUAUCCAUAUUUCUCUAUUUUCGUUUUGAAAGACCUUUAAACUUAUUUCCUGAAUAAAAAUAAAUUACAAUUGUUAUAACUACUUAAAUAUUGGUAUUUUAUGAAACAUUUUUUUUUCAGUCCUGAAACCGCCGUAUGUGGUUUUAAAUAAUAACCGUGAAGUCAACGUUAAAGCGCCGCAAUAUUAUUUUAAAACGCCGUCGUCUCAUAUAAUUUUUUUGCCGUGAUGUUGCCGUCUGGGUUGUUCUACGUUGUCAAAAUUACUUACAAGCGGUGGCGUGACGUCGACAAAAAUGGGGCGAAAAGAGGUUCUACGUAGCCUUUACGGUGGUACAGCGGCAAAUUUACGCUUUUGCAUUGACUUCACGGCAACGUAGUGUAGUUUUUUGACGGUUUUAAAUACGGCUUGACAUAAAUUUGUUGCCUUCACGGUGCCAUAACGUCCACCAUGUGCUAUUCGGGGACAGGUCCUUAAUAUUUGGAAAGUGCUUUAAAAACCCCACAUAAUGUUCCGGAUUGCAAGAAAACACGAUAGUCUGAAAGUCACGCUUGCUUUUAAGUGCUUUAGCUACAUCUGAAUUGGAAAACUUGUAGAUUUUUAAUUUGAUCUUUUCCAUGCAGACUUUCGAGUGUCCAAUAGCUUCGUACCAAACUUUGUUGACCAAAGAUGCUUUGAGAAUUGUGUCUGCGCUGAAUUCCUUGAUAAUUUUAUCAACGAUCAGUUGUGGGAAGAUUUUGAAUGGAUCUGUUGAUGGCUCAUAUUCAACUGGAUGUGCUUGAUCACUUGAAUCGUUGACUUUCAAAUCAGCAAAACUUUCUCGAAUUUCUGAUUCUGAUGCUUCU